AUGUGCUGUCCGACUCUCGCAGCCUGGUGGCUCAACCAGGACGUCCUUUUUUGGUGCCUUAGCUGUCAUACUGGGCGCACCCAUAAGGUGCCUGCACCUUACUAUGGAUUCUACAGAGGGAGCCUGCCGGCUCAAGGAGGAGAACCUGCUCUGCAGGGUUACCUUCAAUUGAAUGGCAGGUUCGAGACUGCAUCAUCUGCAGCAUUGGCUGCUGCACCCAUUGCUGUCAUCCACUUCAUUCUGGGUGGCAGUAAUGAGGUUGUGACGCCCGUUCCUCUGCUCUCUCACUAUUCGGAGCACUACUUUCCAAACGGUGGGUACGUUUAUAUUGAGGUCCCAUUUGACAUCACCAUGCACAAGAGUGUUCACGAUUACACAUGCGCCCAGGACGCCCGCAUCACCCAGCUCAAGUCUCAUCUUGCGCAUAGCGGACGUGUCUUGGCCUUCUUCUCCGAUCACUCUGAGGAAGAUAGCGGGUGGCUUUUUGCUGGGAGAGAGAAAGGUAAAUUUGUCACUAUGAGCGUCUCUCAGGUACUAUCUACCAUCCUAGGCCCCUAUUGCAGCGUCCUUGGUGGCGCCAUCAUGAUGUUCCUAGUGUGUGGCUCAGUUGUGGCCCAUGGUGACACCUUUAGUGAGCUCCAGGAAGCUCUACUCAACUACGGUGUCGCAUCCUCCAUCAUAUUCUCCGCCAAACACUUUCAGCCUCUGGUUGCCACCCACUUUUUGCUCUCUCUAGCGGAGCAAGUGAUAAUCGAGGACCUUGACAUCCGCACUGCAUUCCCUGGUCUUCUCUCCCUCUCCAGUCACCUUGGACAACACACGGACAUCAUUUUGAUGACAAGGGAUGACGCUGGCGGUAUGCACAAGCUCAUUAUCACCAGUUGGUCAGAGAGGGUCGCUGUCAAGGUGUCUUAUGAGCCUCUUGACCCUGAUGCUCCAGCUGAGGCUCCUGUAUCCAGGUACCUAUAUUCCUGCACCUAUCCUGAGUGUGGUAAGGCUCAGCGCAAGCCUUGCUACAAGUUCCACAUUGACAAACCACCUGGUUUUGUUGUCAAUGCUGCUAAGACAAAGACUACUGGGUGGUUCCAGUCUCCUUCCACAAUUUUUCUGGUUGAGUUGAGCACACAGGGCAAGCGUCAGAGGAGUAUGAAUGGGGAAGGACUCAUCAUGGCUGAAUGGCAGGAUGCACGUCGAGGUAUUGUGAGGACAGUCCGGGACUAUAUUAUUGCCAAAAACAAAUCGCAGGAUGAAUUGGUUGAGUUACCAAAGGCAUUGAAAAAGGAAAGGGAGGCAGCAGCCCAUCCUAAGGAUGCAGCCUUCUACAAGAAGGCAGUUACUGACUGGGAUGUUGCCCAGAAGCUAUUUAAGCAGGAGAUUGAUGAGUAUGACAAGGAGGAACAAGCGAAGUUGGGGGUGAAGAAUGAAAUCAAGUAUAGAACUGGUCAUGCUAGAGAUUGGUUCAAAAACAUGACCCUUGCACAAUGGAAGGAGGUUGAGAAUGCGAGGGAAAAGUGGAAUAGGGACAGUGCUCCUCUGGAAUCCCAGAUGAUGUAUCGAAAGAGGCACCUCAAAAGAAUUCUUGAUUACUUCGCUGAACAAAUGUGUCGUACUAUGGGAUGUCAGGUUAUGAUCCUAGCUAGUCACAAGAAAUCUGCUGACCAGACUCUAAAUGUCAUUGUUCAUGAGUCAAAGCCGGUCAACAGUAAAAAACCCUUUACUCAGAGUUCACAAGGGAAUAAGGAAUGGAUCUCUGAAGGGUUUGAAAAAUUCGCAGAAUGGUCUAAGUUAGAAUUUUACCCAGAUGAAAAUGAUGACCAGUCAACUGAUGAUGAGGAGGAUGACGGCAAGAUAUUCCGUGCAUCAUACAAGGUCUUUACCAACACUAACAAACCGGUGCCUUGGCAUGAGGUGGUGGCAAAGCCCUCUCUCUACCUGGACCUAAAUUCGAUCCCAGAAGGCUUCAUCUUGAGAGACCCAUCUCAUAUGAGGGCCGAAAAUAUCAAUGAGCUCUGGGCUCACUGGCAGGCUAGGAAGGAGGAAAAUAAGAAGCUGGUGAUAUUCAUUGCGGGUAAAAUAGGUGAUAUGAGCAAGGAGCUCCUUAGGGACGCGGUUCCCCACCAGGAGAAAACGAAGAAGAUGUAUGUCAAAAUUGAGCCGGUCAGUUCCUCCGAAAGCGAGUCGGGUGGAACACCAUCUACGUCACGUAGGGCAAACCUAGUCAAGGGUGCAAAUGAGUCGGCCGCAGCAGCUUCCAUGGGUCGUGCUCAGGAGGGUGCUCCUGCAACGGUGCGUAUGAAGGAUAGAAUCCCAUUCUUGAAGUCUCUGAGCAGCGACAAUGAAUACCUUCUUUUAGUUGAGGGCAUCAGAGACUUGGGCAAGGAACCAAAUUUUAACCAGCAAAAAGAAUGGCCUGCCUGGGCAACUUUGUCCUGGGAAGAGUCUUACCUUCCGAAUGAUGUGCACUGCGUGGAUGGUGAGGUGCAGAAGUUUUUAGAGACAGCUGCAUCUAUCAAGAUCUCUGGCUUACCAUCCGCAAUGCGAGUUACACUCGGUCUUGGAUUGCUGCUUAGGAAGUGUAAUUACAUUAGCGCCUCGAUCUUGGAUAUCAAGGUGCUUGACCUGGUUGUAGAGUCGGUUAACAAGGUCAGAGGCAGACUUAUGCAUCUACUGAAGUCAAAGGAUGUUCAGCAGGAAAGUUCUAUACUCGAUAACACUGCUGGUGGAGGUGGACUUGGAGCUGAAGAUGAUGUUCAUGAUCACGAAGAUAGUGUGAAGGGAGUUGUCGAGGCAGAGAUGAGGCAGAAGCUAGCAGAUGAGUUGCAGAUGCUUCAGGAGAAUACUGCCAGGAAUGAGAAGUUGAAGGAGGAGAAUCGGAUGCUUGAGGCUGCCAUGAAGGAGCUGCAGAACACCAGUAGGCUCCUAGAAAACCAGGAGGAGGAGGACGAGAGGCGGUUAGCUGAAGAACAGAGAGUUGAGGAGGUGGAGCAAGAUGAGGAGGGCAAGGAGGGUGAGGAUGUGGAGGUGGAGGUGGAGGUGAAAGGGAAAAAAAAGAGCCAAGUCCAGUGGUUCUCGAAAGCCAUCCAAGAAGGUCAAGGUUGA